AUGGACCGCAGAAUCGGCUACAUUAUCAUCGCCUUGGUAGCAGCUCUCCUCUUCUUUGUGGCGAUCGGCUAUCACGGUUGGGCGUGUGGAGACAGCAUUCUCAGCUCCAAUUGCCUCAGAUUCAAGAUUAAUGAGGUGACUGGCGCCCUCCUCCUCACCGCAGGUCUACUCAUUCUCGUUGCCGGCAUUUUCCUCAUCGUUCUCGUGCUUACUGAAACCAGUUGGAGUGAGAUUGCAGCUGCCGUCAUUGCUAUUGUGGCGGCAAUCUUGGCAAUUGCUGGUGUGUUCUACUAUUUGGAUCACAUGGGGAUGUGGUCACCCUUCAUCGCCACCAUUGCCAUGUCGCUUUCAAUCGCGCUAGCCGCCAUUCUUUUGUUUGAUCUCAUCACCGGCGAAAUCGGCUACAUUAUCAUCGCCUUGGUAGCAGCUCUCCUCUUCUUUGUGGCGAUCGGCUAUCAUGGUUGGGCGUGUGGAGACAGCAUUCUCAGCUCCAAUUGCCUCAAAGUCAAGAUUAAUGAGGUGACUGGCGCCCUCCUCCUCACCGCGAGUCUACUCAUUCUCGUUGCCGGCAUCCUCCUCAUCGUUCUCUUGGUUACCGAAACCAGUUGGGGUGAGAUCGCAGCUGCUGUCAUUGCUACUGUGGCGGCAAUCUUGGCAAUUGCUGCAGCCAUUCUCUUCUUUGUGGCAAUAGGAUACAAUGACUGGGAGUGUGGAGGAAGCAUUCUGGGGCCUAAGUGUCGUCAAAACAAAGUGAACAAAGUGACUGGUGCUCUUCUUCUCGUUGCUGGUCUCCUCAUUCUCAUUGCAGGCGUCUUUCUCAUCCUCCUCCUGUUUAAAGGAAACAGUUGGGGUGAGAUUGCCUCUGCUGUUAUAACCACUGUUGCUGCAAUUUUUGCCCUCAUUGGAGUGUUCUUUUACUUGGAUCAAAGGAGACUUUGGUCACCCUUCAUUGCCACCAUUGCCAUGUCACUUUCUGUUGCUUUGGCAGGCAUUCUUUUGUUCGAACUCAUCGUUCAUGAAGUCUAA